AUGUACCUCAGAUUAUCUCACUCUGAGACAAAGGAGGAUAUAUUCCUACUUCGAAAGGUAAUAAUAUUCUCAAAAAAUAUGACAGGAGAACCCAGUGAAACUAGUGGUCAAGUCAGUAUCAAGGUGUUCGGGGUCAUCUUUGGUGAGUUCUCAAACAGAGGAGCCUUUUACUGCCUGAACCUAGGAGCCUUCAUAUACGAAGGCGUUAUUGAGCAACACACAUUGGAAGCUACCAGAGUGAAUCAGCCAGAACUGAAGGAGUUGCUUUGCGGGGAGAUGUCAUUGGCCUUAAAUGUUGACUCUCCUCCUCCAUGUUCGAAGCUAGCUUCUCGAAUGAUACCCAAAAGAGUUGUAUGGCCUUCUUCGUUAGUUCCUCCGAAUACCGGGAUUCGAAGUUUAUCUAAGUUGAUAAUUGCGGUCGCUAGGAGACAAGGCAUUCUUGACAUUAACAUUAGAGUCCUUGAUUACGAUGACAAAGACCUGGAUGACUCCUUUUGGUUGGUAUUUAUCGGGAAGCAUUCGUUUCAAGAGAUGGUGGACGUCAUUGAGGUUGAAAUCAAUUUCGUAUCGAACGCGAAUAGUCUCAAGGCCAGGAACUCUUUUCUGUCGUUUAAAAUACUCGCUGGGGGCAUGUUUGAGUCGAUCUUUGAUCUUGGGAGUUAUGAGUGUAUUUCAAAUGGUGUUCCUAUUGGGUUUUCGCUGAAGAUAGCUGCUCCAAAAGUGAGAGUCCGUAUAUGGGUUCUGAAAGCCUGGCGGGAGGCCAUAUGCAUUCUUGUUAGAGAAAUCACUGAACCUAGGCCAUUUUCUACACUUUUGCUGGGGAAAUGCAGGACCUCUUGCGGCUUCGAUAAGGGCACCCACACAAACUUCGAGAAAUUUAAGGAGCAGUUGGUUCAUGCAAUUGGUUGUGUUACCGAGUUAAGGAACAAUGGUCUUUGCGUGAAAUUAGACGUUACACAAACACUGAAUCGCCCACAAGCCAGUCAGAAGGCUAGAGGUGAAGGUGAUGGAGUGGUGUAUGAGUGGAGCGGAAAAUCGUUCCGCCUAGCGUCUCCACUAGUGCCAAGCUACAAAACCAAAGCUCUCCGACCUGUGCUAUCUUUUCUCUUCAACGGCCCGCCUUACCAAUGCUGCUGCGAGACGCAGUUGUCCAUACAUGCAAAUGAGAAAUUCGGAGUAAUCUUCACCUCUUUUUGUCAUCUCGCUCUGCGAACUCUGACAUCACUGCCCGUGAGGGCCUGGCGUGACUCACGUCUGCAUUUGGCAUCAGAAAGUCCAGGGCCCAUAAGCAAAAGUGUUUCCCCUCGGGGUAGCAUUUGCGCGAUCUGGUGUCCCUAUGGGAGUCGGUGCGAAGAUCGUGUGCCUCAGUCUCGAGAGAGCUGGAGCGACACCAUACUCAAGCGAAAGAGUGAAGGUAUCAUUCGAUUCCGAUUACUCUGGUGGGGCGGGCCGUUCACAAUUUAUCAUCUUUUUGUAAGUACCACGAGUUCAUUCGAUUACUCAAGGCUUUCAUUCGACCCUCUAAACACCCACAACAUGAGGCUAUGGCAUGCCAACUGCUAGAAGAUGCCCUCACAAGCUUUGAGCAGAGCCCCCACCGUCAGACGAAGACUCUACUUUUCUAGCGCAUACAUUAUGUCGGUCCUCAUUGUCAACUUUGUCCCUGACACGACAUCGUCGCCCGAAUGGAGGAGCCCUCGAUGUUGAAACAGCAGUACCCGUCCAGAUUUUGGUACCACAUCCAUUCGCCGCCUCAUAUCGUACGAGUGGAACGUGGUCGCUCCUCCUUUAAGUGGCGCCUGGCCUGGCUUGCCUUCGGCAUCGUUGAGAUACAGAUGCAGUGUGAAAUUUGACCGCUCGGUGCGGUCAGGCGUUUCAUAGGUUCCAUCAGAGUGGGCU